AUGGAGACUUCGACGUUGCUCAUCCUAGCUCUGCUAGUCGCCCUCGUCGUCGCUUACAGAAUAUACAAGCCAUCACCGUUCUCGAAUAUCCCAGGCCCUGAACCGACGUCUUUUAUGCUAGGAAACUUGCGUGAAAUCUUGCAGCAACCAGCGGGCUUGGCUGAAUUCGAGUGGCAACGCAAAUAUGGGGAUGUUGUUCGCUUCAGAGCGUCUUUCGGAACCGAUCAACUCAUGGUUGCAGAUCCCAAAGCUCUUCAGCAUGUACUGCAGUCAUCAGGGUAUAAAUGGCGCAAAAGUCCUGUCCGUAGAGAAAUCGCGAGGCUCACAUCUGGAAAGGGACUGGCUUGGGCGGAUGGCGAUGUACAUACACGUCAGCGUAAAGUCAUGCUACCUGGAUUCCGUGCCCCUGAAACCAAGUACUUUGUUCCUUUCUUCAUUAGCUGCGCCGAAGCAAUGUGUUCUGGAUGGAAAGGAACUAUUUCCAGAACCGGUGGCCAAUCUCAUGUCUUCAACUUCCCGGAAUAUGUAUCGCGUGCCACGCUGGACGCGAUCGGACAAGCUGCAUUCGAUUAUGACUUUGGUUCCACGAAUAAUCAUGAGAACGAGUUGGCAAACUUGUAUGAGAGUCUAACGUCAGGAUCUCUGUUUCGUAUAAUUUCAAAUAGUGCCAAUGCCUUCAGUGCCCCGCCUGAUAUUGCUGUCCUGAUGCUGGAUCUAUUCCGCCAUGUCCCACCAGCUGUCAUGGAAUUUAUCAACGAUCACAAUCCCAAGUUGAAGGUUCUCCACCGUGUGGCCGGCGUCGCAAAUGAAGUCGCUAGUGGACUGAUCGCCCAGAAAACGGAGGAUAUCAAGGGCGGAAACCCCAACAAAGAUAUCAUGACAUUCUUGGUUCAAUCUAAUUUGUCGGAGAACCCGAAAUCGCGGCUCACAGAGGAAGAGUUGUUAGCACAAAUGAGAACUCUCAUCUUCGGGGGUCAUGAAACGAUCACAAAGAUCGCUCGCAACCCCCAACUUCAAGCUAGGCUACGUGCAGAGAUUCGGGCUACCGAGGAAAAAAUAGCCGACCGCGGAGAGGAAGAGUUCACCAUGCAAGAUUUUGAAGAAAUGCCCGUACUAAACGCUAUGUCCAAAGAAACUCUUCGCUACCAUCCAGUCGCGAUUCAUCUCUACAGGACCGCUUACGAAGAUGACGUUCUUCCACUCUUGAAGCCUAUAGUUGGCAAAUCCGGCGAAAUCAUUAGUGAGAUACAUAUUCCCAAAGAUUCGUUCGAAUUCAACAUUGACCGUUGGCUCGAAGGGCGGGUCAAAGCUGAGGUUUCUCUUGGAGUAUAUGCAAACCUUGCCACCUUCGCAUCUGGUAUUCGCUCGUGCAUUGCCUGGAGGUUUGCCGUAACUGAGUUACAAGCAUUCAUCGUGGUCCUCCUUAGGAACUUCGAGCUAGAGACUACGCCCAAGCUGGCUAAAAUCCGUCGCGAGUCUGCGUUGGCCAUGGUGCCCACGAUCGAAGGUGAACUUGACAAAGGUUCCCAGUUGCCGUUGAAGGUUAGCAUCAUCUCAAAAACCGAAGUCUAA